GGCGGUGGCAAGUCGGAAGCAUUCGCACCAGCGAGGCAGCGGCCGGGGCAGCAGCGGCAACUGGCAGGACGGGAGCGGGAAGGGCCGGCCAGGGAAGGUUGUUCUUCCCUCGGGCCCGGCCAGCCGGCCGGAGAGCGCGAUCCGGGUGCGGAGCCCCGACGCUGCCCUGCCCCGGAUUUCAUUCCGCGGCAGGGGGUUCGGCGAGCGGAAUUCCGGCAGCGGCCGCGACUCCGGUGCAAGGUGAGGCCAGCAUGAAUGGUCCCUGCUGUGCCUUUGGGCAUAUUUAGCCCUUCGUUUUUGAUUAGGAGGAAGACGGCCAUCUACUUGAAAGGUAAAGCUUCAGUGACAGGAGGCGUUGAUUUGCUGGACUUCAAGACCAGUGAAGUUAGAGCGUAGCAGUGUGUGAAUAAAAGAGCAUAUUGGAAGGAAGACUAAUGAAGAAAUAUAGCAACGUGAUUUCGACACACCACUGAGUUCUUCAAGAUGCACGGAAAUAUCUGGUUGGGAAGCUUGUGAAGUGGAAGACAAAACCCUCCUGAGAAUAAUUUGAAAGGAACCUGUCAGUAAAUGCAAAACAGUAGCUGUUGGAGAGACUGGUCCCUCCUGACAACAUGUGUGUGAGAUGAAGCCUCACCAUUCUUGCUUCCAAGGAGCAUUCUGACUCUACUUCUUCCAAGACAAAUUUGUUCAUUUUUCUGGCAGUCCAUGACCUGGAAACCGAGGCUUAAGGAGUAAAUUACUUGGCAAAGACUACCAAAACCCACUCCUGUUGAGUCAAUUCCAACUGACAGCGACCAUUUAGGACAGAGUAGAACUGCCCCAUAACGUUUCCAAGGCUGUAGAUCUUUACUGAAGCAGACUACCACAUCCUUCUCCCUUGGAACGGCUGGUGAUGGAAAUAUACUGGAACAAUGGAAGAAGCCAGUAGCUUAUAGGAAGCCAGGAUGACCAGAACUUUUCUAAAGUCAUCAAAGGAAGAAUCUUACUCAACGAUGAGGUGAAUUAAUGCUCGGGCACUCAGGAACCCUGGACAGCUACAUGAAGUGUUUCAAAACUACCCUGACCAUCUUGCCAAACAAGUCUCUGCUCACCAGGCCUGACAGGAUGAACAAGCCCAGGAGGGACAGUGUUCUGCCCUGUAGGAACAGUGACUGCUGACCUCCGUGAGCAAGCUGGGGACCACAUGCUGUCUGCCAGUACAAUGAAGGAAGUGGUUUAUUGGUCACCCAAGAAGGUGGCCGACUGGCUGUUGGAGAAUGCUAUGCCAGAAUACUGUGAGCCCCUGGAACAUUUCACAGGCCGGGACUUGAUCAACCUGACCCGAGAGGAUUUCAAAAAAACCCCCCUGUGCCGAGUCUCCUCCGACAGCGGGCAGCGGCUCUUGGACAUGAUAGAGACCCUGAAAAUGGAGCACCACUUGGAAGCACACAAGAAUGGCCACGCCAACGGUCACCUCAGCAUUGGCACAGACGUCCCCACCCCUGACAGCAGCUUCAACAUCAAAGUCAAACCCAACGGGAUGCCAAAUGGGUACAGGAAGGAGAUGAUCAAGAUCCCCAUGCCAGAACCAGAGCGCUCCCAGUACCCCAUGGAGUGGGGCAAGACUUUUCUGGCCUUUCUUUAUGCACUUUCCUGUUUUGUUCUCACCACAGUGAUGAUCUCGGUCGUCCAUGAACGAGUGCCUCCUAAGGAGGUGCAGCCUCCACUACCGGACACGUUUUUUGACCAUUUUAACCGGGUGCAGUGGGCCUUUUCUAUUUGUGAAAUUAAUGGCAUGAUCCUUGUAGGACUCUGGUUAAUUCAGUGGCUGCUCUUAAAAUACAAGUCUAUUAUUAGCAGAAGAUUUUUCUGCAUAGUUGGCACGCUGUACCUGUAUCGGUGUAUUACAAUGUAUGUAACCACACUCCCAGUACCCGGUAUGCAUUUCAACUGUUCUCCAAAGGAGACCCGGAUUCAAUUCCCAGCCAGUGCACUUCUCGUGCAGCCACCAUCUCUCUUUGGAGACUGGGAAGCCCAACUGCGGAGAAUAAUGAAGCUCAUUGCUGGAGGUGGCCUGUCCAUUACCGGCUCUCACAACAUGUGUGGGGACUAUCUGUACAGCGGCCACACGGUCAUGCUAACACUCACUUACUUAUUUAUCAAAGAGUAUUCCCCUCGGCGACUCUGGUGGUACCACUGGAUUUGCUGGCUUCUCAGCAUAAUUGGAAUCUUCUGUAUUCUCUUGGCGCAUGACCACUACACUGUGGACGUGGUGGUGGCCUAUUACAUCACCACAAGACUCUUCUGGUGGUAUCACACUAUGGCCAAUCAGCAAGUGCUAAAAGAAGCUUCUCAGAUGAACCUCCUGGCCAGGGUGUGGUGGUACAGGCCAUUUCAGUACUUUGAAAAGAAUGUCCAAGGAAUUGUACCUCGAUCUUACCAUUGGCCCUUCCCCUGGCGAGUAGUCCACCUCGGUAGGCAAGUUAAAUACAGCCGGUUGGUGAACGACACAUAACAUUUGUACAAAUUAGGGGAAAGAGGAACUGUCCAAAGUGCUAAGAACUCCAUGAGAGAAGAUGCCAUAAAAUAAACACCUCCCUAAUCCUGUUAUCUUUCAACAGUUACCUUGACUUAACCUAUUGAGUUACCUGCUCAGCACUGUGAUAUUUUUUUCUCUCCAAAGGACCUGCAUUGGACACUAACAAAGAAAAUUUAACCUAUCAUGCACUGUACACAUUUCCUGUUCAUAGGUUUGGGAUUUACAUAACCUGCAACCACCGUGUUCCUUUAUAUAUGAUGCAACAGCAUAAAUGUAAGCUUUUAUAUCAUAAGUUCUGGUCUUUCCAGUCAACAUCUGGAAAUAAAGUGUAUUAUUUUCUUGGGAAAACAUACUUUUCAUAUAUCUUGCCCCAAAGAUUGGGCUGUAAGCCAUUUUCUAGCAAAUGUCUCUAUGAAGGUUUCUAAGUACCUGAAUGGGGUUCGAAUCUGAAAUCUUUCUACCUGUUGCACCGAUAUUCAAUAAAAAUGACAGACAAAGAAUGGUUUGAUAACUUUGGGUUUUGUAAAAUCAGCAGAGACAGUGUGUCAAAAAGUGCAAAAAAAAAAAAAAGAUUCUGUUACAAAGUGAUUUUCUAAGUAUUUCCUAACUUUAUUUUUCAAAAUGAUGUUAUGAAAACCAAAUUUAAAGAUUUUUACAUGCCAGAGAAAAGAGAGUUGAAAUUUAAAAAUGCUUCUUGGGAGAGAAAUUUGUCUAUGUUUCUAGUGCCUUUCUUGUCUUGAUUGUAUGGUCAGUAGGCAAUCUUAAAUGUUUUUAUUUAAAAUAAAGUAUUCCAUGAAAAUACAAAUACAUGUAUACACUACUAAAUUUUGCAUUUAUAGCUCAAGUAAGUCAAAAGAUUGCUUAUGGUUUUUAAAUUGCUUUGAAUUAAAAAAUAGGGAAGCUAAUUGAGAGUAAGAGAGCCUGCUCACAUAUUGUGAGCAGGUGGAAAGGACAUGUAUCACUUAAAAUUAUUUUAGCAUCUAUUUGGUAGUUCGGUUUUAACUACACAAUGAAAAUAGCCAUGAAUACCCCGUUUUUUAAAAAGAGAGUUUUAAAAAAUGAUCACUUAACUAAAACUUGAAAGCUAUGAAUUAGUUUUCCAUGUUCUCAUGACAAUUUUGUUGAAAGAGAUCUAUUUCUUUAAAAUAUAUUUGUGCAGAAACUGCAUGUAACUCUAAGUUUUACUCCUACCACACAUAUGUUGGGGAAGUAUCUGUUCUAUACUUGCCAAUGUGGAGAACAAAAUAGUUUUUUUAGGAAUGAAGACGUAUAUAUAUCCAUUCUGUAUUUUAUGUGCAGCAGAGUUGUCUUCUGUAAGGUUUUUUUUUGUGUGUGUAUGUGUAUUCACAAGGUGAUAUUUGUAUUGUAAAACAAUAACGGUGAAGGAAAUAAAAAGGCUUUUAAAAUUU